AUGGUGUGCGUUACACGGGCAACGAGAAUAUUUAAACAGCAGGUCGGGAGCAUGGGAAGGAACCCAAGGGCAGCAGCAGCCAGUGCGUCCUUGACGAUGGCCAUGGACACGUUCUACAUCUCCCAUGGCUCACCCACGCUCUCCAUCGACGGCUCGUUGCCGGCGCGCCACUUCCUCAAGUCGUGGGAGCCGGCCGGUCUCGCCGGACCGCAGCCGCCUCGCGCCAUCCUCAUCGUGUCCGGCCACUGGGAGACGGACACCCCGGCCGUCAACGUCAUCCACGGCACCAACGACACCAUCUACGACUUCUACGGCUUCCCAGAGCAGAUGUACAAGCUGACGUACCCUGCGCCGGGCGCGCCGGACGUGGCCAUUAGGACCAAGAAGCUCCUGGAGGACGCCGGAUUCGGGCCGGUGAGCAAGGACCACGGCCGCGGGCUCGACCACGGCGCCUGGGUGCCGCUGAUGCUCAUGUACCCGGAGGCCAACAUCCCGGUGUGCCAGCUCUCGGUGCAGACGGACCGCGACGGCACCUACCACUACGAGCUCGGCAGGGCGCUGGCGCCGCUCCGGGAAGACGGCGUGCUCAUUAUCGGCUCCGGCAGCGCCACGCACAACCUGCGCCGGAUCCUGCGGACGUUCGCGCCCACCAGCGACGAGCCCGUGCCGGAGUGGGCGGCCGAGUUCGACGCCUGGCUCAGAGAGUCUUUACUCAACGGACGGCACGACGACGUGAAGCGGUACGAGCAGAGGGCGCCGUUCGCCAAGGUGGCGCACCCGCGGCCAGACCACUUCUACCCGCUGCACGUCGCGCUCGGUGCGGCCGGGCCGGAGGCCAAGGCGAAGCUCAUCCACCGCAGCUGGUCCAACGCCACGCUCUCCUACGCGUCCUACCGGUUCACCACCAAGCAGGAAGAUACACUGACAACUCUUGUCUGCGAUUAA